GGUCUUGCAAAUACGCGUUUACUAAAUAGUAUUUAUUAAACGUGCCGUUGUUUCGACGUGUCAGUCCGUAGUAAAUAAUUAUCAAGCGCUAGUCGCCAGUUCAACAAAUAGAGUUUGACACGCGUCCAAAUCAAUCGGCAAAGUAGUAUACACUUUGCCAUACAACAACAACAACAGUAACAACAACAAAUACAAUAACUACUAAUAAUAACAUCAGCAUGGCGGAAAAAGUAAAUGUUUGCAUUGUUGGCUCCGGCAACUGGGGCUCGGCCAUUGCAAAAAUUGUGGGCGCCAAUGCAUCCGCAUUGCCAGAGUUUGAGGAGCGCGUCACAAUGUUCGUCUAUGAGGAGAUGAUUGAUGGCAAGAAGUUAACGGAAAUCAUCAAUGAAACUCACGAGAAUGUUAAAUAUCUGAAGGGCCACAAACUCCCACCAAAUGUGGUAGCUGUACCCGAUCUAGUCGAAGCUGCCAAGAAUGCCGACAUACUCAUUUUCGUAGUGCCCCAUCAGUUCAUACCCAAUUUCUGCAAGCAAUUGCUGGGCAAGAUCAAGCCAAAUGCCAUUGCCAUAUCCCUGAUCAAGGGCUUCGAUAAGGCUGAGGGCGGCGGCAUUGAUCUUAUUUCGCACAUCAUCACCCGCCACUUGAAGAUACCAUGCGCUGUGCUGAUGGGCGCUAAUCUGGCCAACGAGGUGGCCGAGGGCAACUUUUGCGAGACGACAAUCGGCUGCACGGACAAAAAGUACGGCAAGGUGCUGCGUGAUCUCUUCCAGGCCAAUCACUUCCGCGUCGUGGUCGUCGAGGAUGCCGAUGCCGUUGAGGUUUGCGGUGCCUUAAAGAACAUUGUCGCCUGCGGCGCUGGCUUCGUGGAUGGCCUCAAGCUGGGCGACAACACCAAGGCAGCGGUCAUUCGUCUAGGUUUGAUGGAAAUGAUUCGCUUUGUCGAUGUCUUCUACCCGGGCAGCAAGCUAUCCACUUUCUUUGAGAGCUGCGGUGUGGCGGAUCUCAUUACGACAUGUUAUGGUGGCCGCAAUCGUCGUGUCUCCGAGGCUUUUGUCACAUCGGGAAAAACAAUUGAGGAGCUGGAGAAGGAAAUGCUCAAUGGCCAGAAAUUGCAGGGCCCGCCCACUGCCGAGGAAGUCAACUAUAUGUUGAAGAACAAAGGCUUGGAGGAUAAAUUCCCACUGUUCACAGCUAUACAUAAAAUUUGCACAAAUCAGCUUAAGCCUAAAGAUUUAAUUGAUUGCAUACGCAAUCAUCCCGAGCAUAUGGACUCGUUCAUCAUGCCGUCGCCAAAACUCUAAACUGUGUUAAACACCAAACAAUAAAAAAAAAAAACUGUUUAUAAAGAGAUAACAAGAACUCGAUUGUAAAUACUAUUUGUUUAUAGCUCCAAGUCAAUUCAUACUCGCAUACUCACGCACUUGCUACAAAUAUACAUACAUAUAUAUAUACAUACAAAUAUAUAUAGUAUGUAUUCACAAAUCGCUUCCUUCGCCUAAUUUCAAGCAUACAUUAUUAAAUCUUCUAUAUUUACGAUUAUAUUUGUGUUCAUAAGAGAAAACGUCAGUGUCAUAUUUGUUAAACCAAAAUGAAUUUUGUUCAAAACAUUAAAAAGUAUUUAAAUAUUUUUGUACAUAUAUAAAAAAGUUAAAAGCAUAAGUAGAAAAAAUAUUCCGAAAUAAAACAUUAUUUAAUAAACAAAAAAAAAACAAUAAUUGGCAACUACAAAUCGGCAGAGAGCAGUACGUACCAAAAUUUGAAAUAUUUAUUAUUGAUUGAAUUUUUUGUUUGUUUUAAUUCACGUUUGUAUUUUGAAUGCAAUUUUGAAAUGUUUUCAUUCACCAAUUUGCAAGCACUUAAAAAAAUAAUGCCGUUUUGUUUUCUAUCCCGCAGGCAAACUUUGUAAAAUAGUAAUUACAAAUUUUUAAAUGUUUUUAUGCAC